UGGUAGCUAUGGGUACUUACCCGUGGACGCUCCUGAUCCUGGGAUGUUUUCUCACAGGACCGUUCCUAACAUUUUGCCAGCUUCCUCUGCCGACUAUUGUUCCCAAUAGGAACGAAAUGGUGGUACAAUUGAAUUCCAAUUUCACACUCAAAUGCUCUGGAGACAGCGAAGUGAGCUGGCAGUACCCAGUGACUGAGGGAAGCCACAAGAUAGACAUUAGACAUGAAGAAAACAACAGUGGCCUCUUUGUGACGGUGCUCGAAGUAGGAAAUGCCUCGGCUGCUCAUACGGGCUUGUAUGUUUGCUAUUAUAACCACACUCAAGUGGAGGAUGGGGAAGUGGAAGGGAAGGACAUCUACAUCUAUGUGCCUGACCCAGAUAUGCCUUUUGUCCCUUCUAUACCAGAAGACCAGUUCAUCCUAGUAGAAGAAGGUGAUCCCACCGUUAUUCCUUGUCGGACAAGUGCCCCAAACGCUGAAGUGACUUUAAUUAACAGUUUAGACAAGGCUGUCUAUGCUUUCUAUGACAGCAAACAAGGCUUCAUAGGGAAUUUCCCUGCAGGCUCGUAUACAUGCAAAACAAUGGUUAAAGGUGUGGAGUUCAAGUCCGAUGAGUUCCUCAUCUAUAUUUUACGAGCUACUUCACAGCUGCCGGUUGAAAUCGAAGCACUCAAAACUGUCUACAAAACAGGCGAGACCAUCGUAGUGACUUGUGUGGUCUUUGACAAUGAGGUGGUUAAUUUACAGUGGAAUUAUCCUGGGAAAGUGAAAGAAAAAGGUCUGAUAAAACUCGAUGAUAUUAAAGUCCCAUCGCAGAAGCUGGUUUACACCUUGACCAUUCCUGAGGCAUCAGUGAAAGACACAGGGGAUUAUGAAUGCACUGCUCGGCAUGCAACCAAGGAGGUUAAGGAAAAUAAGAAAGUAGUCAUUACAGUUCAUGACAAAGGCUUUGUUCAUCUGGAGCCUCAGUUUAGCCCUCUGGAGGCUGUCAAUCUACACGAAGUCAAAAACUUUGUCGUUGAUGUGCAGGCAUACCCAGCACCAAAAAUGUACUGGUUGAAGGACAAUGUGACUCUGAUUGAAAAUCUUACUGAGAUUGUUACUAGUUCCAACAAAAUCCAGGAAACAAGAUUUCAGAGCAUAUUAAAAUUGAUCCGGGCCAAGGAAGAAGACAGUGGAUACUAUACUUUGGUUGCUGAAAAUGAAGAUGAGAUUAAAAGAUACACCUUCUCCUUGCUGAUCCAAGUUCCAGCCUUGAUCUUAGACCUCGUGGAUGACCACCAUGGCUCUGUGGGUGGGCAGACGGUGAGGUGCUUGGCGGAGGGGACCCCUCUUCCUGAUGUGGAAUGGCUGGUUUGCAAAGACAUUAAAAAGUGCAGUAAUGACACCUCAUGGACUCUUUUGACUAACAAUAUUUCUGAUAUACAUAUGGAAGCCCACCUGGAUGAGAAUAACAUGGUGGAAAGCCAGGUGACGUUCCAGAAGGUAGAGGAGACCCUGGCUGUGCGAUGUGUGGCAAGGAACGACCUUGGUGCUGUUACUCGGGAACUGAAGCUUGUGGCUCCCACCUUGCGAUCAGAAUUGACUGUGGCUGCUGCAGUCUUAGUGCUGUUAGUGAUUGUGAUAAUUUCAUUGAUUGUCCUGGUCAUCAUAUGGAAACAGAAGCCCAGGUAUGAAAUAAGAUGGAGAGUCAUUGAAUCUAUCAGCCCUGAUGGCCAUGAAUACAUUUAUGUGGAUCCAAUGCAACUGCCUUAUGACUCCAGAUGGGAAUUUCCUAGAGAUGGGUUAGUGCUAGGUCGAAUUCUUGGUUCUGGUGCAUUUGGAAAAGUAGUUGAGGGGACUGCAUAUGGAUUGAGUCGCUCUCAACCAGUGAUGAAAGUAGCUGUGAAAAUGCUGAAACCUACAGCUAGAUCCAGUGAAAAACAAGCGCUCAUGUCUGAACUGAAGAUAAUGACACAUCUUGGCCCCCACCUGAAUAUUGUGAAUCUGCUUGGGGCUUGUACAAAAUCAGGUCCUAUUUACAUCAUUACCGAAUACUGCUUUUAUGGUGAUUUGGUGAACUAUCUGCAUAAGAACAGGGACAAUUUCCUGAACAGACACCCAGAGAAGCCAAAGAAAGAUUUGGACAUCUUUGGGAUGAACCCAGCUGAUGAAAGCACAAGAAGUUAUGUGAUAUUAUCAUUUGAAAACACUGGAGAAUACAUGGACAUGAAACAAGCUGAUACCACUCAGUACGUGCCAAUGCUGGAAAGGAAGGAGGGAUCUAAAUACUCUGAUAUUCAAAGAUCUGUGUAUGAUCGGCCUGCUUCAUAUAAGAAGAAAUCUAUGUCAGAAUCAGAAGUCAAAAACCUUCUUUCAGAUGACAGUUCAGAGGGCCUCAGCCUGCUGGAUUUGCUGAGCUUCACCUACCAGGUUGCACGGGGAAUGGAAUUCUUGGCUUCUAAAAAUUGUGUGCACCGUGACUUGGCAGCUCGUAAUGUCCUCCUGGCUCAAGGAAAAAUCGUGAAGAUCUGUGACUUUGGGCUGGCUAGAGACAUCAUGCAUGAUUCCAACUAUGUCUCCAAGGGCAGCACUUUCCUCCCAGUAAAAUGGAUGGCACCUGAAAGCAUUUUUGACAAUCUGUACACAACAUUAAGUGAUGUCUGGUCUUAUGGCAUUCUGCUGUGGGAAAUAUUUUCUCUUGGUGGCACACCAUAUCCUGGCAUGAUGGUCGAUUCUACUUUCUACAAUAAGAUCAAGAGUGGAUACCGAAUGGCCAAACCUGAUCAUGCUACUAAUGAAGUGUAUGAGAUCAUGGUGAAGUGCUGGAACAGUGAACCUGAAAAAAGACCUUCUUUUUACCAUUUGAGUGAAAUUGUGGAGAGCUUGUUGCCUGGGGAGUACAAAAAGAGCUAUGAGAAGAUUCACCUGGACUUCCUGAAGAGCGAUCACCCAGCUGUCACACGCAUGAGAGGGGAAUGUGACAAUGCUUACAUUGGUGUCACCUACAAGAAUGAAGACAAGCUAAAGGACAGGGAGAGCGGAUUUGAUGAACAGAGGCUGAGUGCUGACAGUGGGUACAUCAUCCCUCUGCCUGACAUUGACCCUGUUUCUGAAGAUGAGCUUGGCAAAAGGAACAGGCACAGUUCCCAGACAUCUGAAGAAAGUGCCAUUGAAACUGGUUCCAGUAGCUCUACCUUCAUCAAGAGAGAAGAUGAGACCAUUGAGGACAUUGACAUGAUGGAUGACAUUGGGAUCGACUCCUCAGACCUGGUGGAGGACAGCUUCCUGUAACCGCACAGACACCUUCCAGCUCUGCACAUGGGGAGCUUGCUGUGUCAUCUGUAGAAUUCCGCUCCACAGAGAAAACCACUUUAUUGCAAUGCCAAGGAUGUGAAGAGGAGGUGGAUUUGUACAGAGAAACUCCUGGUGAUGGGCAGAGAAAUCAGCCCGAGUAUGAGUGAAAGAGACAUGUCGAAGAUGGAUUUUUUAGUGUUGCUUCUUGCAGUACUUGAGUAGCAUCUCAGUGUUGUUUGCCAUUUGAACUGGUAGGAGGACGAAUCAAAAGGCCACAAACAGAUGAGUUUUGUGUUUCAAGGGCAUUCAUAUGACUUUGAGGUAUCAAAUUUCCACUG